CAUUUGUGAACUCUACCCCAACCCCGCUGGAUUAUUUUCAAUCGCAGCAAGCGUGUCCGUUCGUGUUCAACGAAUUUUCUCGAAAUGGAUUCCCAAAGCUCUCCCGCACCCUCCUCCAAGAGUACGAAAAAGCACGUGCAAAAGAAACGGAUCUCCCCGGACCAGCAGGUUUCAACCAGCAGCAGCAGCAAAACCAAGCGCAUCAAGAUCAAGUCCGAGUCCAACGAAGGUUCUCCCAGCUCCUCCCAGACGACGAUGGCGACCCCGACCCCCAAGGUCACCUCGUGCAGUUCCUGCAAGGAAUCGACCGGAAAUCCGAUUUCCUGCACGCUCUGCCAGAAAAGCUUCUGCUGGAAGUGCUUCGACUGCUGGCUCUCGUUCACCCAGCGCACCAUCUGCCCACCCUGUGUCGAGGAGGAGAAGCGCGGCAAGGUCGAGCUCUGUCGCGAUCAUGACGCCGAGCUGAACCUGUUCUGCCUGACGUGCGGGGUGCGCAUUUGCGGCGGAUGCUUCCUGAACACGCCGGACCACAAGCGCCACGUCAUCGACAACCUCGACGACGUGUACCGCGAAAGCUCCGUCCAGAUGGAGAAGGUUCUGGGCGAGGUGGGCGAAGCGCUGGACGAAUUUGGCCAGCUGGUGCCGCAGACGGAGUUCAACGAGCAGUUGAUCCGACGCAACGGGGCGGAAAUAGGGCAGGAGUUGGACCGGCUGGUGGAGAAGGCCAAGCAGGAGGUGGGCAGCUGGCUGGAGGAGAAGGUGAAGCUGUGCGAGCUGCGGAAGGAGGCGCCGGUGAAGCGGGCCGAGAGCUUCCGGAAGUUGCAGGAGCAGGUGCGGCUGCUGCCGAAGCAUGAGUUGAUUCAGCAGUUUGAGCGGUUGAAAGAGGAAGCGAACGGGCUGGUGCCGAACGCAGCAGCGCUGCAUCCGCCACAGAUUGAUGGGUUUGAUUUUCAGAGCUCGCUGACGCCCUGCUUCGUGACGGCCUCGAUCGAGCUGGAGAACUUUUUCCGCCACUUUGACGACGCAAAGUACGAGCAGAUUGGAAGCGACAUUCUCGCCGACGUCAGCGUCACCGUUUGGAACGUGCGCGUGUUCAAGGGCACCCAUCUGACCGUUGAGCUGUCGCAGCAGAGCGCGCUCAAGCAUCGCGUCCAGUUCCGGGUAUUGAUUGAGGUGCCGCACGAGGAUCCGUGCCAGACGCUGCGCGUACAGCAUGAAACCGAGCUCAACAGUGACCGUGUGGAGGUGAUAGAGAUGGCCAAACUGAAGGAGCUGGGCUUCGUGACGGAGGCGGACGUGCUGACGAUGCGCGUUGGGAUUAAACCGGCCAACGUUGUGCUGCAGGUGCAGGCGCUGGCGUCGAAUCUGCUGGAGCUCAAGAAGGAACAGCUGGACCUGACGAAGAACUGCGUGAAGUUGACGAAGAAGCUGAACGAGACGGAAGAGUUCACCGUCGGCUACUUUCGAAUCCCGCUGGAGAAGCUCCAGUUUUCGAACAGGAACAAGGAUCGCCGCGUAAUUACGCUUCGCUCGCAGGACGUGAUCGACCACCGGGAACGCGUCUGGUGUCUGUACGUCGUCCGCACGAAGGCGAAUCGACGCUGCAACGAGUCGUACCUGUCGGUGUUUAUCAAGCUGAACUCGCGAACCAAGAAGCAGAAGCUGGUUCGCCGUCGGUACUACGUGGAGCUAGUGAACCACGACGAUCGGCAGUACUCGCUGCGUAAGUACGGGUCCGAGGGGUUUAGCCUGGGCACGCGCAUCGGCUGGAGUCCGUUCGAGCGGAUGUCGCGGGUGUUUGCCGACAAUUCGGGCUUUGUCGAGGACGGAAGGAUUAGCUUCCGCUUUGGGAUCCACAAUCCGAGGUUUGUUAAGAGCAGCGCGGAGGAGGGAGCUGCCGAAGCGGAAUGAAGUGUUUGAUUGUUACGUUGAUUUUAAUGUAAUUUCUUUUCAGUAACUGUUCUGUUGCGUUCUGCGUAUUGACAAUAAAUUUCAUUUGUUCGCUCUCUGAAAUUAUAUUUUUCCUCAGGUUUGAUCAACUCUAGCUUCAAUGCGUCUUUGAUGAAUUCACAGAUAGGCACAAAUCGGCAACUUGACAAAUUUGCAAAAUGCUAAGUUUCUCUUGGGCCCUGCUGAGUUAUAUUUUUAUUUAAAAAAAAAAAAACUUGUGAGUCGGCGACUAACCUACAGCUCAGCCUCGAGCUCAGCCCUGGUUGCCAGACGAUGGGUGAACUCGCCUGCAUGGAAGCAGCCAUCAACGCAGCGGCGUCGAGUGCCAUCGAGUACGUGGACUGAGUUGGACAAAAUGUGCCGGGAUAAGGACGAGAGAAUCUUGACGGAAGGUCAGCGGUAUUAGGGACGACGGGGACGAGCCGGCAUCCACGAUGAGGGUAGUUUAGGAUGCCAUCAAGAAGCUGAAACACAACGAAACGCUGAUAAUACCGGUCGUUCUCUACGGGCACGAGACGUGGACGAUGCUCGAGGAGGAUCUGCAAGCGCUUGAGGUUUUCGAACGGCGAGUGGUUAAGACGAUCUUUGGCGGCGUGCGUGGGAACAAUGUACGGAGGAGAAGGAUGAACCACGAGCUGGCGCAACUCUACUGCAAGCCAAGUAUUCGGAAGGUCGCCAAGGCCGCUGAACGCGCUGGAUGCGUGCCGACUGAACCAGACAAUCAAUCCGGUGAAGUUGGUGUUUACGACACGAGAGGCACGAUUUGCGACAACUCAGUUCAACUACUGGCUUAUGCCGACGAAAUUGACCUAAUUGCGAGAGGCAUAGAGACGGUAGUAUGGCUUUACACCGCCUUGAAGACGCAAGCUAGACAAUUGAGGUGGAGAAGCUUGAACCGAGAAAUCAACAAGUCAAAGUAAGUAAGAUUCUUUCCACAAACACAGACAAAACCCCCAUUGAGCUCUGGUUUCGCUUACGAGUCAUCUUUAUUGAUUAAGUAACUUACAAGUACACAGUGUAAACUAGUAUUCUUUUUUUUCCUCAAAGUAUCUACUUCUUGUCCAACCCAAGCAAAAACAAAAACUCAGUUUUCACACAACACUGUAACGAGUUUAAAAACUACACGACGAUGAUGACGAUCAAAUGUCCUGCGCGUUAUGCGCGCAGAUUGUGGUGGUGGUGGCGGCGGCCGCUUUGGCGGGAACAACCCUACCAAUGUCGUUCCGCACGGUAGAGGAGAAGUGGGGACUACUUGGUGGGGGGAAAAGGGGGGAUUUUAACGAAGUUGGGACAACACGUUAACUGCAUUUCAGCUGUUUGUGCAACACAAAUCGACGAGAUAAAGCUUUCGGUGAUUUUAAACGAUUUUUAUUUAUUGUUUUCGUGAAACUUUAACUUGUUCUUUUUUUAAACAAAGAUGAAUAAUGACAUAAAAUUAAAGAUGGCGGUCAACGUCACACAUUGGUUUCUUGUUAAAUUAAGUUCUCUUUGUAAAAUAUCUAACCUUUUUUUAAUGCUUGAUUUUAAGUUUAAUUUCGAUGGCUACAACUCAACAAGAAGACGAUGUCUCUUUUAUUUUCAACCUUUGUUCGCUUUAUUUAAUUAGCUUAUUUACAUUGUUGUCUCAUAUAGUUAAAAAAUAAAAACUUAAAACAAAAAUAACGAAAAAAA